CGCCCGGGGCACGCACGUCACUCCGCGGAUCGAUUCGAGGCACGAACGCGCCGGGGUCGCCGAUCACCAUGGCGAGCUCCUCGGACAUCAUUCUCCGCAGCGGCUCUCUGCUUAAAAAAUACAGCCACUACCUCCCCGAGGAGAAGCAUGGCACCGCGCCCGCGAGCAAGGACGCGGAUUCGUACACGCAGAUGCUGUACGGAAUGAACAACCAGCUCGAAGAUCUCAUGGAGCGCGCGGAGGAGGCGAAGAAGGAGAAAAACCGCGCAGCGAUCGCGACCGCGAACGCGGAGAUUCGACGAGGGAAAAACUACCUUCGCGAGGAGCUCCCGAAGCUUCGGAAGCUCAUGUCGAAGAAGAGCAAGGGGGUGACGGACGAGAUGAGAGCGGAGCGCGAGCAGGAGGUCGCGGACUUUGAGUACAAGAUCGAGUGCGUCCCCGACGGGGUGACGAAGGCGCCGCCGCCGCCGCCGCCGCGGCUCUCGGAGGGCGGCGGCGGCGCCGCGAGGCACGUCACCUUGGACAUGGCGUCCAUGGCGGAAAACCCGACGUUUAACAUGGAGCACACGGAGGAAUCGAGGGCGUUCAACAAGGAGUUUGAGAAGAGUAAAAAGAUACAAGACGAGGGCUUGGACGAGAUCUCGAAAGGGCUUCGCGUGCUGAAAAACUUGGGGGGGGAGAUGGACGAGGAGAUCAAGCGACAGGAGCCGAUCAUGGACACCAUCGACACGAAGAUGGACACCGUGACCGCGGAGAUGAGGACCGCGAACGGCAGGCUCAAGUCGAUCAUCACGUCGAUGCGGAGCACGCGGCACUUUUGCAUCGACGUGACGCUCAUCUUCAUCAUCCUCGGCGUCGCGCUGUACCUCGCCAACUCCUUCGGUUGA